AUGUCUAAAGUUAUCUUUAAUGAUAUAAUCCCAAUCAUACCAACACAUUCAUACCUGACCAAGAGAACUCAAUUAAUAUUUUCUGAAGAAGCUGCAGCCACAACCACACCCGUAAACAAAACAAACUUUGCUGUUCCUAUUUUUCAAAUACAACAACAAGAUGGUAAACUUCAAGACUAUGUCCUAAUUAAACAUUUGUCUCAACUUUGGAAUUAUCCUUCUUCAUAUCAAUUAAUCACUAAACUUAUUAACAAUACUGUGUUAACUAUACACCAAUUUAAAAAGACCGAUGAAGCUAUCAACCAUCAAUUAAACCAAUACAGCUUGAUUGAGGUGAAAGAUAUCAAAUUUGAAUUAUUUUACAUUGCCCUUGAAGAUAUUUAUUCGGUUAUUAAUAAUAAACACGUAUUUUACCAAUCAUUAACAGCAAAACCUCGUGUGAAGAGUCAGGCUGUGGCUAUUAGUGCUUCUGGUGAUACAUCUAUAAACAGCUCUAAUGCACAAUCCAAUAAACCUGACGAGAAAGCUCAAGAAGAACAAGAAGAAGAGGAUGAAGAUGAAUCAGACGAAUCAGAUGAAGAGGACGAAGAAGAUGAAGUUGAUGAUGAAGAUGUUAAAACCCCAAAACCUUCUCAUCAUAUUCAUAAAUAUAAGAAGAAUGAGUCCACUGUCUUGACUAGUUCUGCUUCAAAUGAUGAUAUAAUCACUGUCAGUCAAGCUUUUCCACAAUUUGGUAUUGUUGAUUCAGUAGUUCAAUUCAAUCAUGCGCAAUUUAAUUCAUUAAAUCCUUUGACUAAAUUGAAUUAUUACAAGACUUUACCUUCAAGUUCAUUGCACAAAUUCUUACCUAAUAACAAAUUGACGUUUUCUGAACGAGAAUUAUUAUUAACUUCCCAUAAUUAUUAUUCCAAUGAUUCGGAAGAUUCUAAAAAGCAACAGCAACAAAUUGAACGGAAAUUAUUCCGGAAGCCAAUUGGAAAAUCUAAGAAACAUAAUAUUCACGUGGAUCCUAAUACGAUAGAUUUAAAUGAAUCAGUGAUACCUGGUCAAGGUUAUAUCCAAGAAUUUAAUAUUAAUCAUAUCUGUAAAGUACCCAACUACUAUAUCACUUCAAAUCACCAACCCGCUGCUAGUGCAUCAACUCCUGAUGGGUUAGCAUCUCCAGGUCAACCAGCAGCAUCUAUUGGGAAAAUCAAUAUGAAGAAAUUAAAAUUGAAUUCAACAUCGAAUUCUUCAUUUUUGUUCAAUGAUAACAUUAAAAUGUCUAAGAAUAUUCAACAAUUGAUCUUUAGUAACGACAGUGAUAAUUAUCAUCAUGCAAAAUAUUACUAUACUAAAUCAUAUCGUGGUCCUGGUUCUGGUAAUUAUAAGGAUGCCGCGUUGAUGAAUAAGAUUAACAAGAUUAAAUUAACCAAUGAUCCAAUUAAAAAGAUUCAUAAAAAGAAGAUAUCCACAAUUAAAUCACGUUAUAAUCACAGCUUAAAAGGGUUACUUCAUGAAAAAUUUAAUAAUCAAUUAGUUGAAACAGUAUUUGCCAAGCAGAGAAAGUUUACUGAAGAUUAUUCUAACCUUGAAAUGUUGCAUAAUAAUUUACAAUUUAAUGUUUUAUUAAACACUUAUAGACACAUUUCAAAUCAAACUUGGAAGAAUUAUUUUAAAUUUAAAACUACUGAUUUUGAACAAUUGAAGGCAUCGCAAGUUGAACAACGCGAAAUUGAGUUGAGAAAGCAAGCAAUUGAAAAUCAUAAUCAAUGGAUAGAACAAGAAAAGAAUAGACAAGAGCAAAUAAAAUUAAUUUUAGAUCAAGAAAGAGCAGAAUUUGAGUCGUUACAACGUGAACAUAUUCAGAAGCAAAAAUCAAUUGAAGAAAAGAAAAGACAGCGACAAUUGGAAGAUACAUUCAAUGAUCCUUUUAUUAGUGAUUCUAAUAAAGAAUCAGCUGGGGAGGAAGAACAAUAUGAAGCAUUAAACCAAGAAUUCCAACAAAAACAACUUGAAUUGAGUAAGAAAUUUGAAGCAAAGAAACGAGAAUUCCUUGCUCCUAUACCUCCUCCAGUACCAGUCGAAACUCCACAGUUUGAUAUAAUUAAUCGCUUUUCUUUGCCUACUAUAUACCCUGAAAUUGUCAAGAAUUUACCACUAGAGUUGAGACAAGAGAGUAUCGAAAAAGAUGAUGUUCCAUCAAUUAAGAAACCAAUUAGAUACAUAAGCACUUAUGCUCAGGAAGGUAUUAAAAAUCCUGAAUUUGUCACAAAGGUUGAAAUGAUAAAAUUACCAAAUGCAAAUUCAGUGGGUUGGGACAAUUUAAGAAAAUUUAAGCAUAGUUAA